CGAAACUUCGUCUUGACUAUUGCUCGCUGCUGUGCUGUGCUGUCUGUUUGGUCGUUUGAUCCGUCCGUCCGUCGAGCUGUUUGAAGAAGAAAUACCAUUGUUUUACUAUUUUACUCACCGAGACCUUUGGCAACAGCUCAAGUCCAGCACAAACAUGCUCACAAGCUACGGGCUUCUUUGUGUGUUGUGAAAAAUGUCGCAUUGUAACUCGGCGAAACUUUCCGACAACUUCUUGGAACUGCAAGACUCAACACACCGACCAAUGUGUGUAGAAGUGUUUAUACUACGGAAGCAUACCGUGUGAGCUCUCCAGACGCUAAUUAUACAAAUACAGGAUGGACGAGACUAAAGAUCCAGACCGGCGGAAGCGAAUCCAGGAGCUGGAGCGGAUUCUCCUGGAUCGCAAAUCCGAAAUUAACAUCGAUGGACUGUUGGAUGCAAUGCAAGCUCUCAUCAUGGACUGCAAGAGUCCGGCACUCCAUCAUGUUAAGAACAUGGAGAACUUCCUCAAUCGAUACAAAGAAGCAGUUUCUGCCAUUGCUCAGUGCAGGUUAAAGUACAAUGACUUUAAUGUCAUCAAGACAAUAGGAAGAGGAGCCUUUGGUGAGGUGCAACUGGUACGACACAAAUCAACACAAAAAGUGUACGCCAUGAAACUGCUGAGCAAAUUUGAGAUGACCAAACGGUCUGACUCUGCGUUUUUCUGGGAGGAACGAUUCAUAAUGGCACACGCACGAUCUCAGUGGGUGGUUCAACUGCAUCAUGCAUUUCAAGAUGAUCGCAGGUUGUACAUGGUGAUGGAUUACAUGCCAGGUGGGGACCUGGUCAACCUGAUGAGCAAUUAUGACGUUCCAGAGCACUGGGCUCGCUUCUAUUGUGCCCAGGUUGUUUUGGCUGUUGACACUAUCCAUUCCAUGGGCUUUGUGCACAGGGAUGUGAAGCCUGACAACAUGCUGCUGGAUGCGUACGGUCACCUCAAGCUGGCAGACUUCGGAGCUUGUAUGCGGAUGGACGUUGACGGACUGGUGCGGUCGGACACGGCAGUGGGGACUCCGGACUACAUCUCCCCGGAAGUGCUCAAGAGUCAAGGGGGAGGUGGCUGCUACGGACGUGAAUGUGACUGGUGGAGCGUCGGGGUGUUCCUCUAUGAGAUGCUGGUGGGGGACACGCCCUUCUACGCCGACUCCCUGGUGGGCACAUAUGGCAAGAUCAUGGACCACGCAAAUUCUCUUCGCUUUCCCGACGACGUCGAGGUUUCCCGGGAGGCAAAGCAUCUCAUUUGCUCAUUCCUCAGUGAUAGACUGUCGCGACUCGGUAGGAACGGUGUUGAAGAAAUCAAGGACCAUCCAUUCUUCCGAAAUGAUCAAUGGACGUUUGACAACAUACGUGAAGCUGCACCCCCUGUUUUGCCCGAGCUAAGUGGGGAUGACGACACGAGCAACUUCGAAGAUGUCGAUCGAGAUGACACACCAGAGGAAAACUUCCCGGAGUCUAAAGUGUUUGCAGGAAACCACCUUCCUUUCGUGGGGUUCACCUACUCGGGUGACUACAGCUUGCUCUCGAGCUAUUCGAACCUGGACGGCCUGGAUGAGCAGACCGACAAACGUGACAAACUACAUACAAAGGUGGAUGUGUACAAAGAGGAGAUUAUGAAAGAACGGUUGGCCAAAGAAGAGGUAGAGCAGAAAUACAGACUGAUACUCAAGCAGCUGGAAAGCAGAUCAGAUCAAGGAGAACAGCUAGCACAGAGAACAGCAGAAAACAGGGAGCUCAACAAACGGAUCACACUUCUUUCUCAUGAUGCCAAAGAAAUGCAACGCAAGUAUGAAAAUGAAACUGAGCACAGACGGAAGGCUGAAGCAAAAUUACAAGAACUGUGGUCAAAACUUGAGAGCGAACAAGGUGCCCGUGCACAGCUGUUGUCCUCCUCUCAGGCGGCUUCAGAGAAAGCUGCGGGUCUCGAGCGGCAGCUUUGGGAGCUCAACGAGAAGCUCAAACACGAAGGCGACACCGUCAUGAAGCUGAAGAAGGCAAAUGCGGAACUUUCCAUCACCGUCGCUGCUCGGGACCGAACCUGCCAGGAACUGCAGGACACUGCCGUAUCUCUGCGGGGGCAGCUCAGCUCGCAGGAACGGGACAUGGCUAACCUGCAGAUCCAGCUGGAGCAGGAAAAGAACAGCUGGAACGCUCAAGGAAGGGAUCUCGAGGGCCGUAAGCAGGCCCUGCAGCUUGAGCUGGAGAGGCUGCGCGAGAGGGAAGCGCAGGCGCAGGAAGAUACGCAGAGGUUUUCGCAGGCCCUCAUUGAAGCCGAGAAGCAACGCGCUCUGCUCGAGCUCGAGCUGCGGAAUUCGCAGAACAGGCUGGAGAGGGAGUUGGAGGCCAGAAGGGUGGACCUAGAUCAAAAGCAGCGUCUGCUAAGCGAAGGUGCAGCUGCGGAAGCCCUCAAAGCGAAAUUAGGAGAGGAACGUGCAGCCAGGCACCAGGCUGAUGCCUUGGCGCAGGACCGCGAGAGGCAGAUGUCAAUGUUGGCUGUCGACUAUCGUCAGCUGCAGCAGCAGUUGCAACGGCUGCAGGGUGACCACAGGCAGGAAACUGAGAAGGUACAAGCUCUGCAAGCACAGUUAGACGAAGAAUCGCGGCGAAGGGGACAGAUGGUGCAGCAGGUGCAGCAGCAGGUGCAGGAACUCAACCGACUGAAGGAGAAGGAGAGACAGACGCAGACACAACUCAGCGAGGCACGCAAAGCGCAGAGCGAAGCACAGGAGGAGCUUGCACGGUUGAGAGCAGCUCGAGCAGUCGACGAUCUGCAGACUAAAGAAUUGCAGGACCAGCUGGAGGCUGAGCAGUACUUCUCAACGCUGUACAAGACUCAAGUGAAGGAGCUCAAAGAAGAAACAGAAGAGCGUACUCGCACCAUCCAGGAGUUGGAGGAGAAACGGCAAAAUUUGGUUCGCCAGGUAGAGAUGGCCACAGCGCGGGCGGACUCCCUCGAGCUGCACCGGUCUGUCCUGGAAGACACUGCGGCGAGCCUCGAGAAGGAACACGCAGUUCGAGAACUCGAACUUGAGCAGCUCCACAAGCAACUGUCCAGUGAACGUGUUGCUCACGAAGCGACGCAGCGCGAGAUGUCUGAAGCCAUGGAGAAGGCUGCAGCAGAAGCAAACAACAACAACAACAAGGUGGAGCAGCUGCAGAAACAACUUGGGCAGGAGAGGAUGCUAAAACUGCAGGCAGUCAACAAAUUGGCAGAGGUCAUGAACCGUAAGGACCUGUCCCCACGUGGGAAGGGAUCCAGCAACGACCUGCGGAGAAGGGACCGCGAGUGCAGGAAACUGCAGCAGGAGCUCUCGCAGGAGAGGGAGAAGUAUUCCCAGAUGGUUGCACGUUACCAAAAGGAUAUGGCUGAAAUGCAGGCUGCAGCUCACGAAGAAGGUCAGGCACGCGUCAAGCUCCAGAUGGAACUCGAUUCCAAGGAUUCCGAAAUAGAACAGCUACGGCGGAUAGCUGCAGAAGCCAACAUAGCACCUGAGAUGACCCUCACCCAAGAGGACCCACAACGGCUGGAAGGCUGGCUAUCUGUGCCGCACAAGCAGAACAUUCGUCGUCAUGGAUGGAGAAGGCAGUUUGUGGUCGUCAGUUCUAGGAAAAUACUGUUCUACAACAGUGAAGCAGACCGGGCCAACGCUGAUCCUGUGGUGGUACUGGACCUCAGCAAGCUGUUUCAUGUCCGUCCAGUUACUCAGGGGGACGUCAUACGGGCAGAUGCCAAAGACAUCCCACGGAUUUUCCAGCUUCUUUAUGCUGGUGAAGGCGAAAGCAGGAAACCAGGGGAUUGUGCUGAACCACCUCAGCUGAAAGACCCAAGCACGCUGGAGCACAAGGGCCAUGACCUCGUUCCCAUCAGCUUCCACAUGCCCACCAACUGCGAGCUGUGCCCGAAGCCCCUCUGGCACAUGUUCAAACCUCCACCCGCACUGGAGUGUAGGCGAUGCCGUGUCAAACUUCAUCGCGACCACGUCGAGCUUCUCGCGCCUUGCAAGGUGGAUCCCACGUCUGCAAAGGAAUUGCUCCUUCUCGCUCAGAGUCCCGACGAACAACGGCACUGGGUGGCGCAACUGCGUCUGCGCGUCGAUGCCUGCGGCUACGCGGUGUCGUCUGCGGCAUCUGCGUCGCCGACGGUCACUCGGCACCUGCGGAAAUUUCCGUCGGCGGCCAGUUCGCCGUCAAACCUCUCCCUGCAGUCGCCGCAGAGUAAGUCGUCCACCUUGCCGUCGCGGAAGUGACAAACUAGUCUGUCCCAAAGAAAGACGUUUAACAAAAAGGACGUGACCAAGGAUAUGGUGUGAAGGAUUGUUUCCAUGACACGUGUUACAUUUUGUAAAGAUAAUGUUAUUGUCGCUAUUGUCAUGUUCUCAGCCUGAUGCAGCAAUGUCGCGGAGUGCGGGUUUAACAAAGCAACGUUUCCAACGUUGCCACAAUCAGAGUGACGUAACGGAUACAAGAAGCUGCGGGGCUUCUGUUGAAUUUGAAAUCUUGUUUUUGAAGAAGAGCUAUUGGAACAGGGUAGGCAGUGUGUAAACAUGGUUCAAUAUUUCCACACAGUACUUUGUCGCAAUGAAGAUUGCUUUGAAAGAUGGUAACACGAUGGCUUUCCAAAAUACAGGGUGAAUUUAGCAAAGGUUGCAUAUUUCGAUCGAGUCGUAAAAAUAUAAGGUAACGUCUCUGGUGCUUCAAAUUUUGCACAGUGAUAGUCAUUCGCCCGAAGUUUUGUCCUUACUUUUUUUCAAAUGCUAUUGUUUUGUAUAAAAAAAGAUUAGAAACAAAGGAAAUUCUCACCCCAUGCAUUUCCUAUGGCCUAUACCGCCCGCAAACCGCCAUUUCUUCCUGUGUCUGCUUCACGUUCAUAUCACCACGUAUAGGUGGCGUAUAGGUGGCGCGGAUACCGCUUGAAAAAAAUAUUGAUAAAACUUGAGACAAAUGACUAAGUGUGCAAAGUUUGAAGCGCCAGAGACGUCACCUUCUAUUUUUACGACGCGAUCGAAAUGUGUAACCUUUGCUAAAUUCACCCUGUAUCGCCAACAGUGAUUGAAGCAGAAGGCACAUGAGUUGCCGUAGCUUCCGUCACACAUUUUUAUUUAUUGAUUGCAAUGGGAAGUUGAUCUUUUCCUGCUCCUGUCCUACCCCUUCGUGCACACGGGUGACAAGCACUUUACUUUGGUCAGUUAUAGGACUGGAAAGGGGUAAUGCAUUUUAACUGGUCCAGGUCUGCGCACGUCAUUGACUGAAAUGGAGAAAGUUUACUUCUGGUCGUAUAACAUAGACGAAUAUUGUGAGUGCUUGCUCAAAAUGGGUCAGUCAGCACAACGAGCAGUAUUAUGUAGUAGGAAAAGUACAACUACUAACAUGUAUGGUUCAGUAUUUUGACAAAAGCCAUCAUGCAAUAGGACUGCUGUACAGAAAUUUGUUCUAUGUGAACCAUUUAAGUGUUUGCUUGCUCAAAGCACACAUUAACGCAAAUGCAUUUCACUGCACGAGACGCCGAGUACCGUGCAGGUGUUGUGCCGAGAUUAAAAAAUCGAGUUUUUAGUCUAACUGGACGUGAAACAGAGCCAAGUUUUAUAGAAGUGUUUUUAAAGGAUGCAGAACUAACAGAGUCUUUAGAAUCUGUGCAUUUUACUAUGUUCUAUUCUUCAUCAGCUGAUUGUACGAUGCCAAGAUGUGCAAUCAGUAAUGAAGUCUUUUAAAAGAAGGGUGUCAUUUUUUAGACAUGUUUAGUCUAGAGAUGAUACUUUUCACUGUCAGACGGCCACAUAUACAGCUGUAAAUGCAAUGACUCAAGGCUGGCAGUAAACUGUUAGAUACAGUGUCCUAUCACAGCCUUACAGCAGGGACAGAAGAUACUGAGCACAGAAAAUGUUAGUUUGUUGCAUUAUGUUCUGAAAGUAGACAGUAUGAUGAGCAAGAAAGCAUGCAAACACAAAAACCCGAAGACCCGAAGAACAAGAUGUAUAAUAUUUUCAGGCAAAAACACGUUGUGAAACUUGCACGUUGUGUUUACAUUUCAGUGAAAAAUUUUAGUCUAGACAAGAGCCUGCUUUGUUCAUGGCCUGCUGUCAUCCAUGCCACUAAUAUCAUUUUGUGUUUAAAAGCGUAUAUGUGAUCCUCUGACAUGGUUAUGUUGCCUAUUCUUUUGAGGGCCUGCCUGAACAGGUGCACUUUCAGUGGGCGUUAGAGAAGUCUUGUGGUUUAACUCUCGUUAAAACACAAAGAAAGUCUGCUUGCUCAAAAAGGAAAACAUGGACGCCCGAUUUGCUGCCUCAAGAAGUACUUACAUCCUGUAGUUGUAUUAGCACAAUGCAUAUAUGCAAACGGCCUGAGUCAGGGUAAAUGUGUCCAGCUAUGCCCCCCUGUUAACAAUGUUGUUACAGACGUGUGCCAUACACAUUUUUGGUGUCACUGUUCGCUGCUCAUAACUGUAUGGCGCUGGAUAUAUUCUGCAUGCUUACAAACUGUGACGACAUGUAAAGUGAAGUGCCUUUACGAAGAACACCCGUGCCUUAUGCAUUGUUCCUAUGUGCCGGAAACCUGUUAGCCUCUCAGAGUUUAAAAUGGGAAGAACAAUAUAGCAUUGCUCUGUUCCAUCCCAGGAGAUCACUUGCUCAUACGUUGUGCUUCUUUACUUGAAGUUUUCCCGCAUGAUUUUCGUGUGUAACAAGCACAAGCUUGGCAACCACACACCAGGAGUGAGAUGGUUUCCACGGCACCCUGGGCUAUUUAAUGUGUAGAUACUUGUCUUGUUCCUAUGAAUGUUGCUCUAGUGUAAGUAUAUAUGUGAGUGCUCAAGUGAGGCAGUGUUUAAAUAGAAACUCCUUUAUUACAUGAA